AUGAUGCGCAACUCAGUAACUCAAGCGCUGGCCUGGGUCGAGCGCCCAAUGGAGGUUUCAUUCUUGUACCGGGUGCAGGCUCAGCUUUCACCACGUGCCAGGCGGUGCAAGACCACCUGUGGAUAUGCAAAAGAGGAAAAUGCUGAGGCCGGCGAACUCCACCCAGCGACCUCCACAAGUGGCACAGGGCGCCGUGACAGGAACACCUUGAUGGUUGUAGCGGCAUGCACAAGUUCUCCGCCUCGUCUCCGGAAAAGCUCUGCCUAUGAUGUCCAGGUUUGGACCAGCGCGCUGUAUGCACACCAGUCACGGGACCCUUGUAUCAGGAGCUUAGUUUGCCAGAUCCUUGUGAGAUGA